GCGCCUCUCACAUGACCACAUUUAAACUUGCGCGGAACACAGGCGAACGUCACCGCGGAUGCUGGUUGUAUUUUCGUAUCGGGAACAGUUUCAUUGUACACCGGUAAAGAUGGCGGCGAUGAUUCGAGCAGCAGAAAAUGUGCUUUGGAGUGAAACAUUUUGGUUCGCUAACGGGACAUCAUGGAGAGAUUUGGAAAGCACAGACCCAGAUAUAUACUACCCAAAGUUCUCCGAUAUGAACAUAUCUUUUUUUGUUGGGUUCUUGCUGCUGGGAAUGCGAUAUAUUUACGAGAGAUUGAUUGUUGUUCCAAUUGCCAAGAGGCUUGGCCUCAAAGACAGAUACGUCUACCUUGUGCCUAACCAAAUGUUGGAGGCCAUGUACAAGCAUAUCAAAGGGAAGCGUCUGUCGAAGACAGACAUUGAGAAAGCACAAAAACAAACUGAUAUGACUGAAAGACAGGUACAGAGAUGGUUUUUCAGGCGUAGAUUGAAAGAUGUGCCCAGCAACCUGUUUCGUUUCCGUGAUCAGAGCUGGCAGAUGCUGUUCUACUUGACAUCCUUCACAUAUGGAAUGUUCACUUUGUGGGAUAAGCCAUGGCUGUGGGACACAACCAACUGUUGGAAGGGAUGGCCUAAACAGCAUGUGACCAAUGACAUCUACUACUUCUAUCUGGUGGAAAUGGGCUUCUACUGGUGCUUGCUCUUCACACUUUUCUAUGAUGUCAAACGCAAGGACUUUUGGGAGAUGGCUACUCAUCACAUGAUCACGAUGAUGCUGUUGUACUUUUCCUGGAUCAUAAACUAUGUCCGUGUUGGGACACUGGUCCUAGUUGUGCAUGAUGCUUCUGACCACUGGAUGGCUGCAGCUAAGAUGGCCAAAUACCUGAAGAAGCAGUUACUAUGUGAAGUGUUGUUCUUCAUCUUCAUCGCAAUCUGGGUGUUCUGUCGGCUGUACCUCUACCCCUUCUGGAUAUUGAAGACCACCUACUUCGAAGUACACGACUAUGUUGCAGUGGGGACAUGCUUUUGGCUGUUCAACUUUCUGCUAGCUGUCCUUCAAGUUCUACACAUUGUGUGGACAUGCUUCAUACUGCGAGUGAUUGUCAUGAAAGUUACAAAGGGAUCGAUCGAGCGGGAUAUCCGCAGUGACACUAGUGAUAUUGAUGAUAUGCCAUACAGCAGCCAGUCUGAAGAGGAACUUUCCAACAGUACUCCUAGCAAACCAGUGAUGAAUGGGGUGACAGCUCCCCGUCUGAUACGAAACCAUGACAGCUAGGUGAAGUGGCGGCCAUGUCCACCAGCCUGCUCAGCAGAGACUUCAGUUCAUCCUCAUCAUGUGACUACUACUACUACUACUACUACUACUACUACUACUACUACUACUACUACUACUACUACUACUACUACAGUGACAUCAUUCAGAGUGUUUUAGUCAUUUCCCUUGACUAUUUAUACAGGGUUGCUGUCCACUUUUGUAGGGCCGUUGUAAUCAGACAUUUACAUUUAAUAAUGCUUCAUUGGUAGCCAGUAUUGUAGAUACGGACAAGCUUUAUAUGUUUGUUCCUGAGGAUGAUCAUAUUUAUGAAAGCGAGCGGGAAAACUUAAGUAAGAAUCAAUCUUGUAAGCUGAUUUUCUGUAUACAGCAUUUCUAAACUCAGGUUCAAUUAUUGACUGAACAAGCUGCCAUGUUAAGUAUUUCAUGUGACCAAUACUUUAAGUGUCCAGGAUACGUCACCUCCUCAACAUAACCACAGAUGCAUGUUCCCUAUAUGUGUUGAAUGCACUAUGAGAACCAUUGUUUUUUCACAUUGCUGGAUCAGUGGUACACUGUUUUGGGCCUGACUGUUUCAGCAUUUUUUAACAUUCCAUAGACUAAAGACAUCUGUGCUAUAGAUUCUCUUCUGGGAACAAUACUUAAAGUUUGUAGCAUUGGAUAAUGUUCAAAAGCUUUUGCUUUCCUGAAAAUGUAGAAAUUGUCCUUUCAGGUCAUGAAUUUAUGUUGUCACAAGAUUCUGUGUUGUAAAACCAGAGAUGGCAUAAGGUUGCUUUGUGGAACAUGGUGCUUGUUUGCUCUUGGCCCAAAAAAUUGUGUUUGGGGAUUAUUUCACUGACAUCACUGGGUUAUUGUGGUGCAAGGGAGAUCACUGAUGGUUGUGGCUGUGAAAAGGGGAGCUAACUCAAUUCAACUACCUUGAACAGGUGCCAGUAGGUUUGUAUCAGUCUCAGAUCUCAGCCUUAAAUAAGCAUGGUGUCUAUAGGCAUAAUUGUCAACAGUAUCUAUCGAUGUCAAACUAAAAGAAACCCUAUUUUAAUUGUACAAUGAAACCCCAGAUACCCGGACCCCAAAUAUCCGGUAACCUCACCUUCCGGUCAAUUUUCAUAAAUAACCAAUCUUGUACGUUAUAAAAGUGACUGUCUAUAACGGAUAUGCGGUUCCGUUCCCAGAUGGUAAAUUUUACAAAGCAACCGGCUAAAUCAACACAAAAUUCACUCACUUAUCCACAUGAAGCUUUGAUCUUCCGCUGACCAUGUGAAGUGUCCCACCUGUGUUGACACAAGACAAGGUCUGCUAAUCCGGAUUAAUGACUGAUCAGCAGGAUAUUGGUAGUGAUUAGUAGGCCUAUCUGGCACAGAGUGAAAUGUAAUUGGUAAAUCAGAACGACCAUGCUGUUUUGGAAGUGAUUUUAAGUGUAUAUUCAACACCUAAGCCUGGAAGACAGAAAUCCAGAUAUCCGGAUAUUCAGUUAUCCGGACGAUUUACACAGAAACGAAUGUGUCCGGAUAUCCGGGGUCUCACUGUGUUACAAUAGUCUUGUAUGAUUCUCUGAAGUUGCUCCUCUUGAAGUUACCUGCCUGCAGUGGCAGGAGAUAGGAACCAUGUUUGUAUUUUAACAAAGACUAUAACUCUAUACCAGAACAAAAUUGUUAUGAGAAAAUAACGCCAAGGGAAUAUGAGUUUGAUUUUCUUAAACAUGUUUAAGGCAGGUUUUUAUCAGGAGUUUAGGAGAGUUUGAAAGAGGGAACAAUCUGAAAUAAAGGCAAAAUAUUAGUAAAUUUACUACUAUAUUCUGAUUAAAAUUGUGUUAAUAGUAAACUGAAAUAUGACAGUCACUUCAGUCAUAUAUUGUUGUCAUGCUUUUAAAAAUAUUUCGAGAAGAUAGUGAAAAUAUACCAGGAAAGAGUACACAUGUAUACUACCCAUCAAAAGUUUCGACUCACUAGUGUAAAUAUAGCCACUUACUUCAGGCAACUGUUCUAAACUAAA